CCCCCAGAAGUGGGUGGGAGCGCUGCUGAAACACAAGUCUGUCUUAGGACGCACAAAGUUCGCGUUGCAGUUGGAGAACUUUUCUGCUUACUACAGUGCUUCUCUUGCAAUUAUCACCCGCCGUCAUCCUGCCCUUGUUUUUGCGUCAAACUCUGGGGGUCCACUGGGGCGACGCUUGAGUGUGGAAUGGCUGAACUGGUGCGGAUCCGUAAGAAGCGGCUGCAGAUCCCCAUCUCUAGGCUGAGGAGCAUUCUGAAGCAGCUGGAGGAGAAAGACAUCGACUUUGAGGACAUCAAAAAGAACCUGGAUUUAACGGCGUCGUUACUAGAGGCGGUUUAUCUCGAUGGAACAAGGCAGUGUCUGGACUCCGAGGACGACCUCCAGCAGCUGCAGUCAGACGGGGUCCCCUCAGAGGUCACCGACUGGCUGGCAGCCACCUUCACGCAGAGGAUGCGGCGGCCUGCGCGACGCUCAGAUGAGAAGCCCAAGUUCCGCAGCAUCGUGCAUGCGGUGCAGGCUGGGAUCUUUGUGGAGCGGAUGUUCAAGAGGGCCUACACGGCCGCCAUGCCGGACCAGCCCGCGGCCGUCCUCAACUCCCUCCGGGACGUCGACCGCUGGAACUUCGACGUGUUCGCGGUGAACUCGGCCAGCUCGGACCACGCCCUACGGACGCUGUUCUUCGAGCUCGUCGUCAGAUAUGAGCUCAACAGUCGCUUUAAGAUCCCCAUCUCGUGUCUGACGGCGUUCCUGUCUGCGCUGGAGAGGGGAUACUGCAAAUACAACAACCCCUACCACAACCUGGUUCAUGCUGCUGACGUGACACAGACACUGCACUGCCUGCUGCUGCGAUCUGGACUUGUGCACUGGCUGACGGAGCUUGAGGUGAUGGCGUCCCUGUUUGCUGCAGCCAUCCAUGACUAUGAACACACCGGAACCACCAACAACUUCCACAUCCACACGAAGUCGGAGUUCGCGCUGAUCUACAACGACCGGUCGGUGCAGGAGAGCCACCACCUGAGCGCGGCGUUUCAGCUGCUGCAGGACGAGCACAUGAACAUUUUCACCAACCUGACACGAGAAGAAUGGAUGGAGCUGCGCUCGCUGGUUAUAGAGAUGGUGCUGUCCACAGACAUGUCCUCGCACCUGCUCCAAGUCAAAGCCAUGAAGUCCUGCCUGGAACAACAGGAACGAAUAGAGAAGCCUAAAGCGCUGUCCCUGUUGCUGCACACGGCUGACAUAAGCCACCCGUCCAAGCCCUGGGCGCUGCACUCGCGCUGGACCCGGGCCCUGAUGGAGGAGUUCUUCAGGCAGGGCGACAGAGAGGCGGAGCUCGGCCUGCCCUUCUCUCCUCUGUGUGAUCGGAAAGGCACUCUGGUAGCCGAGUCCCAGAUCGGCUUUAUAGACUUUAUUGUGUAUCCAACUUUCUCUCUGCUGACGGACAUGGCUGAGAAGAUCGUUAUCCCCCUGGUGGAGGAAAAUCCAGGUCCGCCAGAUCCGUGCAACAGACACAGUAAUGUCUGGAAGGAGAGCUCCAGAGGCCUGCAGUGGAGCCUGGCUCACAUCACGGCUGAGCUGGUGAGCUUCCGCUCCACCUGGACCCGACACACUGAAGACAACAAGCUCAAGUGGAAGGAAAAUGGCUCCAACGGAUUUUCAGAUCCGACUGUGACGCAACAGCAGAUAUCCAGACAAGAGGAGCUGCCAGACGAACCCCCGCCAGGGCCCCUUACGAAUACGAACCAGUAGACGGAGCGUCGUUAUGAUGUGUGCUUGUUCAUGAAAUAUAUAGUUAACAAGGUUAACGUUGUGACUGAGAAAGCUGAGUCAGAAGGUUUAAAUCAUCUUCCCAAGGUAAGAUGCAGUGUAAUCACAGAACUACCCUAGUGUCUUACAUUAAGUGUAGUGUGCUAAGCUAAUUUAAAUGCACAGUGUACAUGCUGGCCAUGUUAUACAGUACAGUCUGUGUUAUUAAUUUAAUUUGCCUCCUCUAAACAACUACAACUGGGGAAUAUUUAACAUGUUUUCAGUUUAAAUUGUAAAUCAGCCAUUUAUUCAUGUACAGUAAUAAACUUUCUCAUUCA